CGAAACAUAAAGGAGGGAAAGUUCGCUUCGCUGUUGUUACAGUAUAAAUUUUAAUGCGUGUAACGUAUUGCUUUUAUAUUUAAGAAUUACAUUAGUAAAUUUAAGUAUCCUGAAAUGAGUACGAGUGCUGUUAGUACUAGCUAAAGGUAAUAAAUGUCUCUGUCAUUUAUUUAGUAUUUUAGGCAUGAGUUUCAACAGAACUUAUGAAAGCAGAGAACAUUUGCAACAGUCAUACUCAAAUUUGGAUGAAAAGGCACAAAAAGCUCCUAAUGCAUCACGUUUUAGAAAUGAAGAAAAUUUACAUUACAGAAGAUUGGAGACUCCUCGGAGAAACUCCCGCUGCAGAGAAUUUAAUCAAGGCCAUGAAACUGAAGGUAUUGAAUUUCAGUAUCGAUCAUUAUCAGAUCAAAGAGUCCAGGUAAAUGAAUCAAAGGUAAGAAGAGGUUAUGUACAUUACAAAAGAAACUUCCGGAGUCGUAAUACUAACAGAGGAAGGUAUAGAUUUAGGUCUAUGGAAAAUUGUAAUGAUCCUGUAAAUGAAGAUGUUUCUGAUUCUGAAAGUAUAUCUUCUAUCCAAAGUUUUCAUUCUAAUUAUUCUGAUAAAUCAGAUUCUAGUUUGUCCAGGUAUUAUAAAAAACAUAAUGAAUCUGAUUCUCAAAACUUGACAUACCGUAUUGGAGACAGACGAGGAAAAUAUCCAGGUAAAGAAGUUAAUUUAGGCAAUGUGACUGCAUCAGGAGGAAAUUCUUGGUCAGGUAUAACUGAGGAAUUAAGUGUUUUUCAGAACACAAAACGAGAUUUAAGAAGCAUGUCAAAAAACUUACAGCCUUCGGAUAUUAUAAUGCAUUAUAGGCAACAAGUAGAAAAUCAUACUAAAGAAUGCAUUGCACAAAACUUGAAAAAGAUUGAAAAAAUUAAAUGUAUAAUGAAUAAUGGGAAAGAUAAUUCUGAAAUUCUAAAAUUGCAUCUGAAUAAUUUAAUUCAGCAGCAGAAAGAGUUUGAAGAUUACAUUUCAAGUAUAAAGAUUCAGUUUUCUACUAUUUAUAAUCCUGAUAUUGAAGUUAUUCUUAAAAAUGCGGAUUCUAUUGAAAUGGAUGUUCAACGUGAAUGCAAGUUGUUUAAGAGAUCUCUACCUGGAUAUGGUUUAAAACGUGAUAUUUUGCGUAUAGUCGCAAAAAGCCAAGUCACAAUUAUUACUGCUGAUAAUUCCUAUUACCUUAAUGUUGUGGUGCCUCUUUUCAUCAUUAGAACAUUCCCAGAACAUUUCUUAAUCUGUUGUGAACCUAGUUUAGUUCUAAAAGAAAGCUUAGAGAAAAAUGUUCUGAGUUUACUAAACUUGGAGAAAAAUAUUUCAGGUAAAGAUUUUAUUAAUAAUGUAGCAUUUAUGACUGAAAAAGAACUGUUAGAUAAUUUUUCUGAUGAACAGUAUAUUAAUAAGAAAUUGUUUGUGAUUUUAAAUCUGCCUCUGAAGCGAUCAGUAAUAGCAGAUCUUGUAUUAGCGAAUUUGUUUGACAUGUUAAAAAAGAGUGUGAUACUUAUUGUGCUUUUAUCACCAUAUGCUGAUAUCCAGAUCUUUGAGAAUUAUUUUUCUCAAGCGGCUACUGUUUCUAUUUUACAGACUCCAUGUUUAAGACUCCCUGUCAAGACUAUCUGGAAAAAGACUUCAUCUUAUCCAAUGGAUGAUUAUAUAGAUCAAACUGUUAAAACUGUAUUGGCUAUUCAUACUUUAAAUGAAAUUGAUGGUGAUAUAAUGGCCUUUCUUCCAAACAAUACUGAUAGCAAAUCUGCUUCUUGUAAAUUAAAUAAAAAAUUAAUUGAUUAUCAAUAUAACGACUUAGAGUGUAUUAUAAUACAUGAGAACAGCUCUGAUAAAACUUGCUUGAAUAUGUCAGCACAGAAGAAAUCUUCAAAACGAACUGUAUUUUUUGUUACAGGCUGUGCCGAAAUGCUUAAUAUACCUGUCCGUUAUGUUAUUGAUUGUGGAAUAAAAAAAGAUUUUAUUUUUGAUAGCAAGAAAAAUUUGGAUGUAUUGACUACAUCUUUUAAUUCUCAUGCAACUGCUAGAAUUCGAAAAUGUUUAGCUGGUACCUUUUGUGACGGUUUUUGUUAUCGAUUAUAUAGUAAGGAAAAUUACAUCAAAGAAAUGGCUUCACGAGAAUAUCCUGAGAUGUUAAGUGUAAGUCCAUUUAAUUCUUUACUUAAAAUAUUUCAGUAUUUUCCUAAAACUUGCAACUCAGUACAGCUUAUAGAACCUUUACCAGAAAGUAUCAGAAAUAAUGCCCUCAAAGAUUUAAUCAAGUAUAAUGCUAUCAGAGAUGGAAAUUUAACUUCUUUAGGAAGGAAAAUUACUAAACUUCCAUAUCCAACCAAAUAUUCUAAACUGAUUCUGCUUGGCAUCCAAUGGGGUAUUGCAUAUGAAGCAGUUGUACUUGUAUCAUUUUUUUCAGUUAAAGGAAGAGUGUUUCAGUAUUCCGAUGAUAGCGAUAAGCAGAGAAGGAUUGAUGCUGUUAAAUUGCAAUUAUCGCAUAAUGAUAGUGAUACUUUAACAUAUUUGUAUGUAUUCAAAACGUGGAUUGAAAAUGAUUGCAGUUCAGCUUGGUGUGAAGAUCAUUAUAUUAAUUUUGAUACUUUGAAAAGUGUACAUUCAAAAGUAUCUGAAAUAUGUUUUAAAGUUGAAGAUACUUUGAACGAAAAUAUAUUGCAAGAAUUUUCUUAUGAAGAUUGUACUUCUCACAUACUGGAAAUGAUAUUUGAAUGUUUCCAUGAUAAUCUGUGUGUUUUUACAGGUCAUUAUAGAAGUGGCUUUCAGAUUUUGGCUUCAAAUUGUAUAGCUUUUUUACACCCAUCAUCAGUUAUAUGCCAUAAAGAGAACUUACCUCAAUUUAUUGUUUUUGAUCAUAUGUGUUCUACCACAAGAGAUUUUUUAGUUGAUGUAACAUCUAUUCCUCUUAAACUUGUUGAGAGAGCUAGAGAAAAUGAUAUGAUCGAGUUUGAUUUUUCAUAUAUGUUUAAAAAUAGAUUGGUUCAUCAGACAAUAGAUCAAGUUGGUGAAAGGAUAAUUAAGCAAAUUUUAUUAGGGAAAAAAGGGAAGAGAUUGAGAGAAAUAGAAGAAACAAUUAAAAAAGAAAUAGGGAAUGAAUAUUUAGUAAUAGAGCCAUUAGCAGAAAAAGGGUGUGUUAUUGUAUAUGCAUUACAAGCAUAUAUUCAACAUGCUGUCGAUUUCGUAAACAAUAUUCUAAAAAGCAAAUUUCAAGAUCUGAUAAAUGCUGAAAAAGUGCAUAUUGUGAAUCUCGUAAAAGGAUAUGUAAAAGUUCCUAUAGAAGUUAAGCUGUUAAAAGGUGCAAGAGUAGAAUCUGUGAAAGUAAAAUUGCAAGGAUCUCUCUUAAUCCAGAAUAAUUUGGACACUGAAAAAAUAGAAGCUGCUAAUGAUUCGACUUAUACAGUUCAGUAUUGUAUUAAUUUAACUUGGAUGAGACGCUUAUGUAGCGGAAAAGGAUAUGUAACUUUCGAAAAUAGUGCUGAUUUUAUGAGGGCUCGUAAACUCUCUCUAAAAUAUAUUCGUAUGCUAGGUACUGAAGUGUUCAUUGAAGUAAGUAAUCGAGAAAACAAUCAACUGUAUGUGAGAGAAAUUCCUCCAGAUACCAAAUGUAGUGACUUUAAUAAUGCUUUUAAAUCUCUAUUUCCUGGUAUUAAAAUAGACGUUGAAUUAAUGUUUCAGCCAGCUUUUGAAACCUCUGCAAGAGAACUGGAAAAAUUUAAAAAUGAAAUUCAAAAUCUUUGUGAAGAAUAUACAGAUCUUAUUGACUUUGAUAUUGUAAUUCCCAACCCCAAACCUACAGCAACAAUAAUGAAAGCUUUUAUUAACAUUUCUAAUAAUGAAUAUUUGGAACCUGCUGCUGAGCAGCUAUCUAAUUUAGUGAUUGAAGGCAGAAAAAUUAUCAGUAAGCCAGUAUAUCGAUCCACUAUCAAAUGCAGUACUGAAAUAUGCAAAGCCUUAAGGCUAUGUUUCAAAGAGAAAUUAACUGAACUUGAAAAUAAACUUAAGAAAAAUUAUAUUGGAGAAGAUCUUUUUAAUUUUGAUAUUAAUGCCGUAAGUGAGGAUACAGCUGUUAUCAAAUUAUUAUCAAACCACAAUGAAAUAAUAAAGCAACUUCAGAGAACUGUCAAUGAUUUACUAGAAGGAGAAGUAUUAUCAAAGCAGAAUAUGAAAGAAAUUUCCAAACUGUUUUGUCAUGGUGGCCAUAUUUGGUUAAGAACUUUAGAAAAAACUAUGAAUAUAUAUAUUAUUGAAGAUUACAAAACAAAAACUAUAAGGUUAUAUGGAUCACAAAACGAUUGCAAUUUUGCAAAGAAACGUAUAGUGGAAUUCCUGGAUGAUACUGAAAAUGAAGCACUUCAAACAAUUUCUUUAUCUGCAGGACGAAAUGACAGAAUACUCUUGAAAGCUAUUGUAAGAGAAUAUGGUUCUAAUCUAGAGCGAUUCAUUGAAAUCUGCGAAUUAAGAACAGCUAUCCUAGACAUCAAGUCAUGUUCACUCUCUUUAAUUGGAAGCCAGACAAGUAUUGAAAAUGCUGAAAACUGUUUGAAGAAAUUAUAUGCACAGAUUGAUUCAGUUGAAAUAGAUGAUAUGCUUUCAUCCCAAGAAAUUUGUCCUGUAUGUGCAUGUCCAGCUCUGAAUUUACCAUUUCGUCUUGAGUAUUGUGGACAUCUAUACUGCCACGAAUGCGUUACGGUUUUGGUUGAACAAGCUCAAUUUCCAAUUCAGUGUUGUGCCGAGAAUUGUGAUAAAGAUAUUAUUCUUGAUGAUAUUAACAAGAUAUUGGGGGAUGAUCAAGAAAGAAUAAAUUCGUUAGUAGAAAAAGCAAUGAAAAACUACCUUGAGCAACAUCAGUUAGAAGUAAUGUACUGUCCUGCACCAGAUUGCUCUAUGUUUUUUUACAAGGAAGAAAUCCAUGAUACAAAACUGAAUUGUCCUCUUUGUCAGAAUGAUGUAUGUGUUAAGUGUGAAGUAGUAUUCCAUCAAGGAUAUACUUGUGACAUGUAUCAAGGCUCAAGAAAUGAUCCAGAUUAUUCAUUUAAGGUUUGGCAACAGACGGUGUCUGAAUGCAAACAGUGUCCUAGAUGUAAAAUGGCUAUUGAACGAACUGCAGGCUGUGAUCAUAUGACUUGUAAAAAAUGCCAAGCCCACUUUUGUUGGGUUUGUGUUCAGGAGUUUCCUACUGGAACUGAAGUUUAUAAUCAUAUACCUUUUUGUAAGAUGUAUCCUAAGUGGUGAUAUUUUUAUGCGUUACAGUUUUAGUGUAUGAUUAUAAUGUGUGUUAUAUAAAUGCUAGUAUAUACAAUCAUAAAAAACAUUUUCUACUGUAUUAACGAGGUUCAAAUAAUUUUUAAUAAUUUUGUGAAUGUUGAAUCUGUUUAGUAAAUAUUGUUUAGUACUUUAUAGGAGAAAUUUUUAUGUUUUAAUAUUUCUAUAUUUUUCUAUUGAUCUUUCUUUUCUGGAAGCAGUAUUAAAAUGUCUUUAUUUACUUUUUAUGAAAUAUUUUAAAUUUGUUUAGUAUGUUGAAAUGUUGUAUGUGUCUUGAUGUUCGAGGUUUAUAAUGCUUUACAGCUCAUUUCCUUUUAUUAAAUCGUAUAAAACUGUAAAAUAUUUUAUAAUUGGGAAAUGUUUUUUAAAAAAAUAUCACUAAAAUGCAUUAUGCUACAUAUUUUCCAAUAUACACAUUUUUAUUAUUGUUACAUUUGUAUUCUAUUUCAAAUUUUGUUAAGAAAAUAAAAAUUGUAUAUUUGCUUUUUGUUUCUUUUAAAUUGUUCUCUGAGACAGAUUAAGAGUAAAUUGUUCUCAAUUUUAACAGAUUCAAGCUGUUAAAAAAUAGUGAUAAAAUUUUAUCUCUUUAAUGCUAAAAAGCAAAUUUUUUAAUUUUAUCAAUCUGUAAAUUUUUAAUCAGAUGAUGCUUAUGAAACAGAAGCCAUAUCAUUUGUACUGAAUACUUAGAAAUAAAAAGUAUUAAUAAUAAAAUUAAAAAAUAUAUAUUAGAAAAACUGAUAAGUGAUAGAGUGCAUGACAGAUAAUACUGUGAUCGAGCUGAAAUUUUUUAGUAAAGAAUUCAGCAUUAGGUUCAGUGAUUUUAAAAGCCAAGAAGCAAACUUGCAAAUUAUCUUUUAUCCAUUUGGAUGUUUAACUAGCACCACUUUCUUUAUAAAUAGAAUCAGUUGAACUGAGAACUUUAUUCUGAAUCUAAAAAUCAGAUAUUAUACUAAUUAACCUUCAUAAAAAUUACUUUCCUCAUGACAAGUUUCCAAAGAUAACAGCUUCUGCCCAGGGAAGGAAAAAAAAUUGCCAUUUAUAACAAAUGCAAGCAGCUUUGGCAGACGCAAAUUACUGAUCCAGACCUGGAAAAAAAAAAGGUCUCUAUUUUAAAGAUCUACAGUAUCCCCAAAUACUGACUAUCUUGCAUCAGUCAUAAAGUUGCAAAUGCCACCCUUUUUUAACUUCAGAAAAUUCCUACUUUGUAUUUUAUAUAAGAUUUUAUGCUAGGGGUUUAUAUGAAAUAAUAAAGAUUAAACUAAUUACAA